AUGGAGUCCCUAAAGCAGAAAGGAGGAGGCCUUGAGGUGGUGAACAAAGCUUCAAUGGCGGAAGUGUUUGAUUGCUGGGGGAUUGAUUUCAUGGGGCCAUUCCCAGUUUCUUAUGGUUUUCUCUACAUUCUCCUAGCGGUGGAUUAUGUCUCAAAAUGGGUGGAGGCCAUUGCUACCAAGACGAACGAUCACAAGGUGGUGCUGGAAUUUCUCAAAGAGAACAUCUUGUCAAGGUUUGGGACACCAAAGGCCAUUAUUAGUGAUCAAGGAACUCAUUUCUUCAGCUGGCACUUUGAAGCGCUCAUGAAGAAAUACGAGAUCACGCACAAGGUGUCCAUCACAUACCACUCUCAGACUAAUGGCCAAGCCGAACUUGCUAACCGAGAGGCGCUUUGCCUUAUCGGCUUGUAUACUGUAAGGCAUGUCACCUUCCCGGUGGAGUUGGAGUAUAAGACCUAUUGGGCCAUUAAAGCUUUAAAUUUUAGAUUGUCCGCCGCCGACGCGCAUCUCAAGCUCCAACUCAAUGAACUAGAAGAAAUUCGGAGGGAUGCAUACGAUAAUACUAACAUUUACAAGUCAAUGGUGAAGGAUUUCAAUGACAAGAACAUUCAAUGGAAAAUUUUUGAAGUCGGUCAAAAGGUUCUUCUUUACAAUUCAAAACUUCAUCUUUUUCCGGGCAAGUUGCAGUCACGUUGGGUUGGUCCUUACGUUGUGCAAAUGGUUUUCCCUCAUGGGGCAAUUGAGGUUGUCAACCCCACAAAUGGAAAUAUUUUCAAGGUUAACGGCCAACGGCUUGAGCCGUUUUGGAAAACUUUGCAAGUAAUGAGAUAA